UCUGGUUGGGUAGGAGCGAAGAGCAGUGGCUGCUAACAGCCAACCCUCAGCCUAUACUAAGGGCAGAGAUCUGGUACAGUCUUCCUUGCCCGGCCAAGACUUCAGGACCUAAGACAGCUCCUCCACUUUGAGGAGCACAAAGCUUCCUAGGAACGCUGCUCUCUGUAAGAGGCACAGAAAUGGAAAUCAGAAGUAAGCCCCAGCUCCUCAUCCUCCUGACCCUUUUCAGCACCCUCUUCUCCCAAACACUGGCAUGGCCUCUUUUUGGAGCACCUUCUGCUCUAAGGUUGGGUGACAGAAUUCCAUUUGAUGAAGCAAAUGAACUUGACCCAGUUUCAUUAAAAGCAGACACUGACAUCUUGCAAAAUGUGUUAGCUGAAAAUGACUCACCCUAUUAUGUAUCCAGAAAUGCCAGGCAUGCUGAUGGAGUUUUCACCAGUGACUAUAGCAGACUUUUGGGUCAACUCUCAGCCAAAAAGUACCUCGAGUCCCUUAUUGGAAAACGAGUGAGCACCAACAUCUCGGAAGACCCUGUGCCAAUCAAACGUCAUUCGGAUGCAGUCUUCACUGACAACUACACCCGCCUUAGGAAACAAAUGGCUGUCAAGAAAUACUUAAACUCAAUUCUGAAUGGGAAGAGGAGCAGUGAGGGAGAAUCUCCUGACUUUCCUGAAGAGUUAGAAAAAUGACGAAAAAUCUCUUUGGAGCAAAGCAGAUAACAACUUCCAGCGAAUCUUUGAAAGAAAACAAUAGGUGAAGUAAAUUUCAAGUUCUACAAACAUAAUUCAAGAAAACAACUUCAGUAUCAAAGCCAAAUAAAAAUAUUGUAUUGUGAAUGUUGUGAUGUAUUUUCCUUAAAUGUAAUAACUGUGAUGUUUACAUUGUAAAUAUUAUUUAAGAGUUUUUAAAUUUGUCUUUAAGUCAUGAAAAAACUGUCAUUUAAUAUGCUGUAUAUCCUUUGUAACAAAAGUAUAUUUAAUAAUAAGUAACUACUAGGUUAAUUCCAAUUAUAUGAGACCUUUGAAAGAGUAGUAGUAGGAUAAAUUUGAUGUUUUUAUUUAUAGUGUAUACUUAACUAUUCAGAAGACAUGGCCAGAUAAUCAGUGUGUCUAAAUUUGAGUGUUAAAUUGAUAGCACACAAUAUUAAAUAAAUUUCAAGAUGCCUAAGAGAAUAAACAACAAAGAUAAGACAUUCUUCCAAAAAAGAUAGUCAGGAAAUGUUUCCACAUUUGUAGAAAACUUUUACUGAGAUUUUAAAAAAAUCUCACAGAUUAGGAUCUUUAAUCAUCAAAGGCUUUUUCUGAUCUAGAGUUGCAGCUGAGAAUGACCCUUUUUGCUGACAUUGUUCCUGCUCUACUGUGUGAAGUGUAUGUGACAUGUGUUACUUACUUACAUGUGUUACUUAAUGGGUUACUUCUUUUUCAGUAAUAAAUAUUUUUUCCAUAAUUAGUCAGAUUAAAGCUUUGGUCAUACCAGCUUCCUUCCACGAAAGUACAUUUGAAAACACAACUAUUUUUUCCAAAAUGACUGUAAGAAAAGCAAUCUAGAAAAUAAACAUCUUUGAUUAUCA